AUGCACAGCGUUUCUCAGAUCAGCGCACCGACAGGAAACAUGUCGGGUACAACAAGCAGUCCUGUCACGGACACCACCCACAGUGUCUCUGGAACAAACUCUAGUGAUACCAAAACCGCGACUGGCCACUCUACUGACCAGAGCCACGCGAAGGGAGGAGGCGCAGAUUCCGCCGUCCCCCAGAAGCUCCAGGAGAAGCUGCCCGAGGGUGUUGAGCGCACCGUGCCCAAUGCCCUCCACGACACCGGAGACCAAGGCGGUUUGCACAGGAAGCAAAACUGA